GCCUGCGUUCUGAACGGAGAAUGUGCAGUGCAGGAACCUGAAAGAAAGAGUUCAGCAGGGACGUUUAAUUCUGUUCGGGGAUUUCAGCUGGAGCCUUGCAGUGAUCCAGAAUUACCUUUCCUUAAGAAAAGUGUGUUCUUUCCAGGAGACGUCUGUCUGUGAGUUUGCAGGUUUCUGGUUGGUGUCUGAAAAGUGGAUGUGAUUUCUUACAAAGAAUUUGUGAGAACACAAAAUGGCUUUAGCUGGCUGUCCGGAUUAUUUUCUACACCAUCCAAAUUACCAGGACAAUGUAGAUCGGGCUUCAGAUCACAGGCCAACAGAUAUGAUUGGUCAAGGUUUCCAGCAGUCCUCUAAUCAGAAUUCUCAAAAUCAUCAAGAUGAUGAUGUUGACCUGGAAGCUUUGGUAAAUGACAUGAACUCAUCAUUUGAAAGCCUGUACUCAACAUGCAGCACCCAGUCAGAAUCGGCACCACUUCUUCAAAAUGGUCAGUUUGUCCGCAGCCACAUACAGACCUCAGGAAUAGCCCCUGUGCAGCCCACAUCCCCGAGACAGAAGGUGCGGCGCUCCCAGCCAGUGCAUAUCCUUGCAGUCAGAAGACUUCAGGAAGAGGAACUGCAGCUCCGUACAUCAUCCCUGCCAGCCAUCCCAAAUCCCUUUCCUGAGCUGUGCAGCCCGGCCAGCUCCCCUGUCCUGUCCCCUGGGUCUUUACCUCAGGACCAGCCUUCCGACAAAAAUAUUAUUAAAGUUUGUAGUGAAAACGGCACAAGCAAAGUAGUAGAGAUUCCAGCAGACAUGACGGCCCGAGACCUCUGCCAGCUGCUGGUGUACAAAAGCCAUUGUGUGGAUGACAACAGUUGGUCACUUGUCGAAUACCACCCUCAUCUUGGGCUAGAUAGAAGUUUGGAAGACCAUGAGCAUGUGGUUCAAGUCCAGUCUACAAUGGCAAGUGAGAGCAAAUUUGUGUUCAGGAAGAACUAUGCCAAAUAUGAAUUCUUUAAAAAUCCUGCGAACUUUUUCCCUGAGCAGAUGGUAGCAUGGUGCCAGGAAACCAAUAGCACUAUUCCACCAUCACAGCUCUUACAGAACUUCUUAAACUCCAGCAGUUGUCCGGAAAUUCAGGGUUUCUUGCACGUCAAAGAAUUGGGAAGGAAAUCCUGGAAGAAGCUAUAUGUGUUUUUAAGAAGGUCAGGGCUAUAUUGCUCUACAAAAGGAAACUCUAAGGAGCCUAGGCAUUUGCAGUUACUAGCUGAUCUCGAGGACAGCAACAUCUUCUCAGUUAUUACCAGCAAGAAGCUGUACAAUGCACCAACAGACUUUGGGUUCUGUAUAAAGCCCAACAAAGCAAGGAAUGAAACAAAAGAGCUGAGGUUGUUAUGUGCUGAAGAUGAGCAGAGCAGGACCUGUUGGAUAACCGCAUUCCGAGUCUUCAAAUAUGGAAUAUUGCUGUAUCAGAACUACAAAAUUCCUCAACAGGGAAAAUCUUUACUAUCACACUUCAUAACGCCAGUGAGAAGUGUAUCCGAAAACUCUCUGGUAGCCAUGGAUUUCUCAGGAAGAAUAGGAAGAGUCAUUGAUAACCCAGCUGAAGCACAGAGUGCAGCCAUGGAGGAGGGCCAUGUCUGGAGGAAACGAAGUCAGCGUAUGAAUGUCCUUGGAAGCCCAAGCCCCCUACAUACCAACGCACUAAACACAGUCAUUCACAGAACACAUCCAUGGUUUCAUGGGAGGAUCGCUCGAGAAGACUCUCAUAGAAUGAUCAUGCAACAAGGGCUAGUUGAUGGGAUUUUCCUUUUGAGGGACAGCCAAAGUAAUCCAAAGGCGUUUGUACUUACUCUGUGCCAUCAUCAGAAAAUUAAACAUUUCCAGAUCUUGCCUUGUGAAGAGGAUGGACAGAUCUUCUUAAGCCUUGAUGACGGAAGUACCAAAUUCAGUGACCUUAUCCAGCUUGUCGAGUUUUACCAGCUGAACCGAGGAGUUCUGCCCUGCAAACUCAAGCACCACUGUACAAUAGUGGCCUUAUGACCUUUGAUUUGACUUUGCCUAAAGACUGGAUUUCUGAAACCAUGAUUUUUUUUUUGUUUUGUUUUUUUUUGUUUUGUUUUCUUGUGGUAAGCUGUUGAAGAAUCAGUGGAUCAGAGACCGAUCUGGGACCUUCAGUAAUCUGUGAUUUAGGAUACUAAUAACCAUGUCGUCAUCAUCAAAGAUUGCUUGCGUGUUUUUUUUAAACACUGAUUAUUAUUUGACAAUAAUCGACUGGCAAAUAGAGCACAUUUUAAUGAUCAUGGUUUGGAACUGCAUUGUAUGACCCAAGAGCUUGAGUGUAUUUUAUUGUUGCAUUUUCUUGCACAAUCAACUGGAAAUAAUCAUCAAGCUGGGCUACUAAUAAUAAAAAAGCAUGAAGAGAAUUGUUCUGGAAAUAUAAAUUUUCCCCUGGAAUAUUCUUCACAUUAGGAAAUGUCUGUUUACGAAGACUUUUUUUUUUUUUUUUAGGGUUUUAUUUUUUGCACUCCGGAACUAAACACAACCUUUCAGCUAACGUAACAAUGCAACUCCUGCAGCACUUUCUCUUUUUCUAAAUUUAAAGCUACUGUGAGAAGGGCUUCAAAGUUAAUUGAAUUUUAAGAGAACCCGGCCAUGAGAAAUUGCAGUCAAGACUAUUCUGUGGGAAAUGUUCUACAAACACCGAACAUCAUGCAGCCAUAUUAAGUGUUUAGUAAAUCAAUGGAAUAAGAGAAAGGAAAUGCCCUGUGACAACAAAUUGCAGUUUUGUUUUUAUUUGCAAGCAGCUCAAGAAGCACAAACAAAAGAGCAAUGUCAUGAAGCAAGACGUCUCACUGCAGCUGUUGGCUUACCAGUUCAGUGGUCUUUCAGACAAUGCAGAAUUAAACCCUUUCAAUAUGGUAGGAUCUACCCGGGUCAGAACCUACCCGAGCAGGACCCGGUGUGAUGCGAGUCGGGUACGCGAUUUCAUGCUGCUUUUGAUAAAGCAGGGUUGAUCUGGGCUGACGGAUACAAGUAAACAAUGUGUGUAUGAAUGCCCUGGAAACAGCUUGUUACUGACGCUUCCAUUUGAGCAUCUCCUGGAUUGAACCGUCGGCCCAAAUGUUGAUU